AGCUAGCUGCUAGAGCGAGAAUACCUCCCUAGCUAGCGCAACUACCUACGCUCCCUACACCACACAACCAUCCAUUCACACCGACAUCGAUCUCUACCAACCAUGCCCACCUUCGACCUCGCCGCCUCCGCCGCGCUCGUCGGUGUGGCCCUCUUCAGCGGCGCCCUCUUCCGCCCCACGCAACCCAAGCCCAAGGGCAUCCCGAUCCCGGAGGAGUAUGGGGAAGAAACCAACACCCCACCCUCCCCCUCCGCCGUCACUCCACCCUCCCCCUUCGCCGUCACCACCCCCGCGGACAUCCUCGAGGGCGUCCCCGUCCGCGAGCCCGCCUUCUGGCGCCGCACGCGCGCGGCGCAUCUCCUGAUCGCGGCGCUGCUCGCCGGUGCGGUGGCGGUGGAUGUGGGCGCGGGGGCGGCGGUGGUGGUGGUGGGGGAUGAGGGGGGUGGUGGUGGAGGUGUCGCCAGAAACGCGAUCACGCACCUCCUCAACGGCCUCGUCGCCCUGUACCUCCUCAUCCUGUCGUUUAUUGCGCUGUCGCGUUCUCGCGGGCCCGUCCCUGGCGAGGAUACCAUUCAAUCCCCGUCGGACAAGAUAGAGAAAGCGCCCUGGCUCGACCGCAUCGCCCUCCACGAGCACGUCGUCCUCCAUCAAUGCGCCGUCGGGAUUCCGGCGAGUUUGUUGGGUGCCGCCGUCGCGCUGAUUCCGUCGUAUGGAUCUGGAUUUGGGGAGGGCGCGGGUGCGGGCCCCUCCGACGACCCCGCCUUCCUCGCACACCUGAUCCUCCUCGCCAUCGCCACUGCCCUUAUCAUGGGCGUGCCCAUGGGGCCCGAGCUUUAUUUGCCGCUGACGCAGAUCUAUGCCGAGAAGGUGGCGGGGGCCGUACAAGAUUCUGACGCCGACGAAGCUCCCGCGGCUAUCGAGUCCUCUACCGAGCCGACUACGGAGAGGACGCCUUUACUCCCUACGUCAAUUGCGCUGAAGAAGUCUAGCGCGGAACCUACCCCCAACGUCGCCGCCGUGCGCACCGCGUCCCUGUGGUCCACGCUCCUCUUCAGCUACACGACGCCCGUGGUGUGGCGGGGGUAUAACUCGCUGGAUGAGUCCGCCACCUUCGACAUCGCGGACCUCCCAAUCUUGCCCGCGGAUAUGAGGGCGACGUACAACUACAGCACGAUGCGCGCGGAGCUGGCAAGGCGGAGUAGGGGGGCGCGGGAGGGGGAUAGACAGGGAUUUUGGAGUAGGAUUGGGGCGUUUUUCAAGCUCCCCACCCCCGCGUCCCUCCUCCAAAUCCCCGGCCUCCGCCUCGCGCGCGCCGUCCUCCGCGCGAACGCGGGCGCGCUCGCGCUCGAGGCCGCGCUCGCGGCGGGCAGCGCGGGCCUGUUCUAUGUGCCGGCGUGGAUGACGAGAGGCCUCGUGAAGUGGCUCGAGGACCAGGAGCGGGCGGCGGAUGCGCUGGGUGCGCUCGGGAUGGGGGCCUACGAUGCGGUGAACGCUACAGCUUCUAACUUCGUCAAUGCGACCAUUGAGGUCAUGGCCACCCACGCGACUGGCAAGCCUUUCACCUGGACGCCCUACGAGUCGUUCGCGCCCGCUUCAUUUGACGCCGUGUCUGCAUCUAGCCUGUUCACCGCUGUCGCGCCCGCUCCCUUCGUGCAGGGCUUCGCUGUCAACGCCACCUCCGCCUUCAACGCCACUGCCGCAAUUAUCGGCGCGACCAUGGAGAGCGCGAGUGGAAUUGCGCCUACGGUGAGCGCAAGUGGAAUCGCACCUUUGGAGCAAACCGCUGGUUAUGCAUCCGCCUGGCUCACCUCCAUCCUCGCCUACGCGCCGCGCACGGGCGACGCGCGCUGGGGCUGGGUCUGGUGCGCGGGGCUGUUCGCGAGCAAGGCGGUGACGUAUAUGAUUGUGGUCCAUAUCGACGACGGUCAUUCAGGUUCGGAUUAAGGAGCAGCUCAACAGCGUGCUGUUCGCGAAGACGCUGGUCAGGAAGGACGUCGCGGGCGGUGGCGGGGCGGAGAAGAAGGAAGGGGAGGGGAAGG